GUCUUCCCCUUUAAACAUUCUAAAAAAUUUCGGUCUCAUUUUUCAAUUUCAAAGCGGACACAGGCGAGACCGAAAAGACUGAAAUAUCCCCUGUUUCAUCUCAUCUCUUCCCAUGGCCGAUCACGCCGGAGACCACGAUUCGCUUGCUGAGACGGUGAUGGAAAAGAUCAGCGACAAGUUGCAAGGCCACGAUUCCUCGUCUUCCGAUUCCGAGGACGAUCAUGCCGACAAGCCAUCUGCCGACGCUGUUAAGGCCAAGAUCUAUCGCCUCUUCGGCCGCGAGAGACCCGUGCACAAGGUCUUAGGCGGAGGAAAACCUGCUGAUAUUUUCCUGUGGAGGGACAAGAAAGUUUCUGGUGCUGUCGUUGGUUUUGCCACUACUAUCUGGGUGCUUUUUGAAUUGAUGGAAUACCACUUACUCACUCUAGUAUGCCACAUUUUGAUUCUUGCUCUCGCAAUAUCAUUCCUAUGGUCAAAUGCAUCCACAUUCAUCAACAAAUCCCCACCUCAAAUCCCAUCCGUCAUCCUUCCUCAGGAUACUGUCCUUAAUGUUGCUUCUGCAUUGAGAAUUGAAAUCAAUAGAACUCUUGCUGUGCUCCGAGAAAUUGCAUCUGGGAAAGAUGUGAAGAAAUUUCUUGCUGUAAUUGCUGGCUUGUGGGUUUUGUCAGUCAUGGGGAAUAGUUUCAACUUCCUCACAUUGUUUUACCUGAUUGUUGUGCUGCUGCACACAGUUCCCAUGCUGUAUGAGAAAUACGAAGAUCAAGUCGAUGCUUUUGCUGAGAAGGCCGAGGCAGAGAUCAUGAAGCAAUAUGCGGUGCUUAAUGAAAAGUAUCUGAGUAAAAUUCCAAAAGGCCCCCUGAAAGACAAGAAGCUCGCCUAAUAAGAGAGAUGGUGUUUCACAUUGAAGUUUCUUUCAAGAUGUUGUGAGGAUCUACUGUUUUAGAGCCGUCGUUUUAUGGCUUUGUUUUGACUUGUAAUGGUCUAUAAGCAAGCUAAAAGUACUCUCAUUUUAUAAGUUUAGUUUUUCUUUGGAGAUUUGUUUUGCCAUGUUCUUGACAGCUUCAUGGCUCUCAACAGCAGUGUAUUCAGAGAGCAAGGUUCAUCUUUUCCUCUGAAAAUUAGUGCCUACGGUAGGUUUUGCUUUGCAAAUGUUCUACAUUCUGUUAAUGAGAGAAAGUAUCCUUGUUAAUCUC